GAUGUGCGUAAGUGUGACAGGUCCGACGGUGACCUGCAUUACCACGACUGGCCGCUAGAGGUCCCACUGUCCCUCUUGUCUGUUGCUGUAAAUGGCUUACAUUUAACAGCAACGUACCAGGUGGAUGUGUCGACUCUUGAAAGUCCACCGUAAUGACACCGACACCGAGAAAUAAAGACAUGGAAUGUUUGAGUGCCAACCAGACGGCUAACGCCAGCAGAGACCGGAAUGGCUUAAAAGAAGAAGAUGGAGACUGCCAGAAUGUUUCCCAGACAGAAGAAGAACCUUUGCUCCGAGAGAACCCCAGACGCUUCGUCAUCUUCCCCAUCCAGUACCCCGACAUCUGGAGGAUGUACAAGCAGGCGCAGGCGUCUUUCUGGACAGUGGAGGAGGUGGACCUUUCCAAAGACCUGCCGCAUUGGGACCGUCUAAAACCAGAGGAGAAGCAUUUCAUCUCUCACGUUUUGGCCUUCUUUGCGGCCAGUGACGGCAUUGUCAACGAGAACCUGGUGCAAAGGUUCUGCCAGGAGGUGCAGGUCCCAGAAGCACGCUCCUUCUACAGCUUCCAGAUCCUGAUAGAGACGGUUCACUCGGAGAUGUACAGCAUGCUCAUCAACACGUACAUCCGAGACCUGAAGGAAAGGGACUAUUUAUUCAACGCCAUUCAAACCAUGCCUUGUGUGAGGCGCAAGGCGGACUGGGCCCUCCAGUGGAUAAAUGACAGCCAGUCCACAUUUGGGGAGAGAAUUGUGGCCUUUGCGGCAGUGGAGGGCAUCUUCUUCUCUGGAUCCUUUGCCGCCAUCUACUGGUUGAAGAAGAGAGGCCUCAUGCCGGGCCUCACCUACUCUAAUGAGUUGAUCAGCCGGGAUGAGGGACUGCACUGCAACUUCGCCUGCCUGCUGUACAGCUACCUCCGGAAGAAGCCCUCAGAGGACAGGGUGAAGGACAUCAUCACCAAGGCCGUUAGCAUCGAACAGGAGUUUUUGACGGAGGCCCUGCCCGUGGACCUCAUUGGAAUCAACAGCGUCCUGAUGAAGCAGUACAUCGAGUUUGUGGCCGACCGCCUCCUCUGCGACCUGGGACUUUCCAAGAUCUACCAGGCGGAGAACCCGUUUGACUUCAUGGAGUCCAUUUCCCUGGAGGGAAAGACCAAUUUCUUUGAGAAACGAGUCGGCGAGUAUCAGAGGUUAGGAGUCAUGUCGAGCAUGAUGGACUGCGAGUUCACUCUGGAUGCGGACUUCUGACACUGGGGAUAUUUAUAUUUAUAUUUAAUUUUAUUUAUGCAUCUGCUUGCAAAUACCAAAACAUGUGUAAAAAAUAAAAUAUGAUUGAGUUACAGCAUUUGUCCAUUCAUACAUUUUGCCAUGUAGGACUAACAGCAUGGAGCUUUAAAAAGAUUUGAUUUCAAUGGGUUGUAUCUGUUUAAAAAAAGUAUAUUUUAUGGCAAAAUGCUUCUAUGACAUAUAGUUUGAUCAGCUCAUGUUUGAUGCAAAAUAAAGGUUUUAUAAACACAAAUUGUCUUUUACUUCAGUAAGAUGAAAUUGAUGCAUUUAAGUAUAACU